AUGAGUGUCCUCCUCGAAACCUCAGCCGGCGACAUAGUCAUCGAUCUCUUGGUCGACUAUUCGCCCAAACUCUGCGAGAACUUCCUAAAGCUCUGCAAAGUCAAAUACUACAACUUUUCCCCCGUAUACAACGUUCAGAAGAAUUUCUCUUUCCAAACCGGCGAUCCCAUCGGCCCAGAAGCGAAAGAAAGCGAUGGCGGAAGCUCGAUAUGGGGGCUUCUUGACGGGCCUGCGAAGCGGACAUUUACGGCGGAACUAAACCCAAAGCUGAAGCAUGUGGAGAGGGGGACUGUCAGUAUGGCUACGGUUCAAUCGACCAAGGAUCCAGAUGAGCGCGUUGCGGGCAGUCAAUUCAUAAUCACACUUGGUGACAAUUUGGAUUAUCUAGACGGCAAAGCAGCAAUCUUUGGCAAGGUUGUGGAGGGCUUUGAUGCGCUUGAGAAGGUUAACGAUGCCUUCUGCGACGAUAAAGGCCGACCUCUGGUGGACAUUCGAAUCAAGCAUACAGUUGUCUUAGAUGAUCCCUAUGACGAUCCUCCCGGGCUCGUGGAGCCACCUGAAAGCCCUUUACCCACCAAGGCACAGCUUGCUACAGUACGCAUCGGAGACGAUGACAAUCUGGAAGAAGAGGGAGAUGCAGAGGCCGUCGAGAAGCAGCGGCGAGAAAGAGAAGCUAGGGCACAGGCCUUGACCUUGGAAAUGGUUGGUGAUCUUCCUUUUGCGGAAGUAAAGCCACCGGAGAACGUCCUCUUUGUUUGCAAACUCAACCCUGUCACGACAGAUGAGGAUCUCGAACUCAUUUUCAGUCGUUUCGGCAAAAUCCUCUCCUGCGAAGUCAUCCGAGACAAGCGCACAGGCGACAGCUUGCAGUAUUCCUUCAUCGAAUAUGAAGACCAGACAUCUUGUGAGCAAGCAUAUUUCAAAAUGCAAGGUGUCCUGAUAGAUGACCAUCGAAUCCAUGUUGAUUUCUCACAAUCCGUCUCCAAAUUGUCAGAUACAUGGCGAACAGCGACGAACUCCAAGCGUAGACACCGGGGAGGGGGAUUUGGUGGUGUUAGUGGACUGGAGAAGAAAAGACAAUAUAAGUUGGAAGAGUAUAGUAGUGGACCCAGGAGGGAUAGGUAUGGAAUGGUGUAUGACGAAGAUGAGUUACGGAGGCGGCAUGAGAGAGAGGAAAAGUAUGAUUCAUCAAAGCGUGAGAGGAGUCGGAGUAGAAGCCCUCAAAGGGAGAGAGGGGACUUUGACUCGAGGGAUGAUCGCCGAGAAAGAGAUGACUGGAGAGAUAGGGGUGGUGGACAAGAAAGAGGAAGAAGUGACAGAGACCGGUUUGAUGAUCGGAGAGAUGAUCGAAGGGGCAGAGGGGGCGGACGAGACAGAGGAAGAGGAGAUAGGGACCGAUUUGGUGAUCGUGAUCGAGAUAGAAGACACGGAUAG